GGUUCGUCAUGUGUGUGCUGGGGGCGUCACUUUGGUUGUAGCGUGAAGCGGCGGCAUUACAACAGUUCAACUGUCGACUGGAGUCUCCUCGAGUUCUGCUCUUUACUCAUGGCGGAUGUCACUUCUAGUUCCCAGGCUGAGGUAGACGGCUCGAAGGCCUUCGAACCACCUCUACGCCCUAAUUCGGCCUCUACCUCUCCUCAAACCAGCUCCCGUCGCUUGCCCGCCGCCUCUGCGUUCGCAUUCUGGGCUUACCUCGCCGCCUUUGUCGCCCUCCUCGCCCUUCUCCUCCCUUACCCAGCCCCCUCUGGCGAUCAUUCCUGGUUCUUGUCUUUCCCUGACGACCUCCGUCUCCACCACGCCCGCGGCAAGUUCAUCAAGGCGCACGCAGUCGGCGCCGCUGCCCUCCACGUCUUCGCCGUCGAGGACGGUCCUCCGGACGGUGAUGCUGUCCUUCUUCUCCACGGCCUUGGUUCCAGCUCCUUUUCUUUUCGUCGCGUUCUCCCCUCCCUCGCAUCCACCGGGCAUCGUGCCGUUUCCAUUGACCUCCCAGGAUCCGGCUUCUCCGAUCCUUUUCCGGAUGGUGAUAGCCGGUUGGGUGGGCCCUUGGGUUGGAUCUUGGAUGUCUUCAAGGAGAUCAAGGAAAAAGGGAUCUUUUGGGCCUUCGAUCAUCUCGUCCAAACGGGGGAAAUGCCCUAUGAUCAAAUUGGUGUUAGGGUUUCUGGAUAUGAUGGCUCUGAGAGCUCUGCUUACAGUCCAGCCGAUAUAGGGCGAGUCAUAGGACAGGUAAUUGACUCUAUGGGUUUAGCUCCAGUUAAUCUGGUGAUCCAUGAUUCCGCCACGCCGGGGGCCUUGAGUUGGGCUUCAGCGAAUCCGGGAUUGGUCAGAAGUGUCACAUUGGUCGACUCUUCUGCGGAUCAUGCAGCGUUUCCUUCGUGGUUUCUAGGAACGCCAGUUCUUGGCCCGCUUCUGCUUAGGUCGAGGAUUAUGUUCAGUGGGCUGAUGAAAUUGUGUUGCUCGAGAUCCAUGGAUGGGUUGACGUCAGAAGCUUAUAGGCUUCUGCUGAAGGCGAAAGACAGGAAGAAGGCAAUUGUGGCAGCUGGUAAGGCACUGAACUAUAGCUUUGAUUUGGGAGAGUGGAUGAGGCUGGAAGCCAUGAAGGACGUACCUCUUCAGGUUCUAUGGUCCAAUAUGUGGUCAGAUAGAUGGAUUGAUGAGGGCAAACGGAUAUCUGCCAUUGCUCAACAUGGAAAAUUUGCCUACCAUUCAGGUGGUCGAUGGCCUCAAGAAGAUGUACCAGAAGAAAUAUCAGGUCUGAUUUCUCAGUUUUUGUCCUCAUUACCGAAGCUUACUAAGAAGAUCAAAGAAGAGCCUAUUCCAGAGCACAUUCAGAGAUUGUUUGACGAAGCAACCGAUGACCAUCAACACCAUCACCACCAUCACCACGAUCAUAUAUAUGGUGUUGAUCAGGGAUGGGGUAUGUGAUUCUUAGUAUAGAAACUGCCACUGUGAUUCCCACAUAAUUGCCCUUUUUUAAGUUUCUUUGUGUCUUAUUUGGUAUACUGCAGUCUUCUCAUUUUCCCUGGAGUUAUUCGAAGUUUUCUUGAGAUGUCUCCACCUUGUGGAGCAAUUUCCCUAUUGGCUUGUUUCGAUUACUAACACCACUGGUAGUGAACUAAUGGGCCUAGAAAUUGUGUUGGAAGUUGCAAGUUUUUCAUUUUCCUUCUUUUUCUCCUCUUGUUAUUUUAAAUCAUCAAUGUGGAUCUUCUAUUUGGAUGAAAAAGACUGCUGAUUACCUUAUCCCUUGGACAUAAAAUAAAGUGAUAUCAGAUUUUAACUA